AACAAUGGCUCUGUUGAUCUUUUGGAAACCUUUCACUUUGCAUCCUAAUGUCAUCUUUCACGUCUGUAUGUUCGUUCGAUAGUGCGAUCAAUCAAUCGAUCCGUUUUGUUGGAAUGAUCGGAAAUAUCGGAGAAGGGGCGAGUGAAAAAGGGGAAGAGAAAGCAUUUCUGGGCGUUGAAAAAGGAGGAACUUGAGACUGGCGAUGGGGGGAGGACGUCCAGUCGGCUGUGCUCGCUUUCGCAGUUUGACUUGGACUUCUCAGGAGGUUGAAAGGCGACGUCGAAUUCCUCCCACUCGGCUGGAAGGAGAAAUUGGCCGCCGUCAAGUCUCGGAGACGCGAGGCGGCCCGCAACCGCCGCGUGGCUCUGCGACCGGUUCCGAUGCGUUUGCGUUCGUGCCGCCGAUGACGUGGAGCACCGCCGACGGCAUUCUGACGAGCCGAAUUUUUUCAGCAGCGGCGCGCCGUGAGAAGGUCUCCGCCGGAUGCCGGUUGUCCUCCGAAUGCUGUGAAGGCGCCGCGUUGUGAUGUGCGCAAUGUGGCGGCUCGCAACGCCGACGUCGGCGUUGGCGUUGGCUUUGGCGUUGGCGCUCGCGUGUCUGCCGACGUGGGCCGGCGAGGCGGACGGGCGCCCGCGCGCGCGCGCGCAGCUGCGCCCCGGAUUCGGCUCGGCCAUAUCCGUGCGGGGCUACGAGGGGGGGGCGCGGGGCAGGAGGGGGCUCGGGGUGCGCCCCCGGGCGGGGACGCCGCGGGGCGAGGGCGAGGGCGCCCUCCGAGCGAGGGCCGGGGUGACGCGGGCGCCCGGCGCCGCCGGCUCGCCCAACCCGCUGGCCGCUUUUGCGGGGAAGAAGCGAGUCCUGGUGAUCUCGGCGCCCGGCGACUCCGACGCCUACUACCGGCUGAUGAUGUCCCUGCUGAAAGCCGACGUGUACUGCGAGCUGGCCGAGAGGCACGUCCAGCAGAUCGUCAUGUUCCACCGGGAGGGCGAGACGGGCGGCAAGGUGCGCAGGAUCAGCCGCGAGGGCAAAGUCGCGGAAGAGCCGCUGGACGCCGCCCUCGUCCCCAAACUCAUGAGCUUCCUCAAGCUGGAGAAAGGCAAGUUCGGGAUGGUGCUGCUGAAGAAGACGCUGCAGGUGGAGGAGAGGUACCCGUACCCCGUGAGGCUGGAGGCCAUGUACGAGGUCAUCGAUCGGUCGCCCGUGAGGAAGCUGGAGAAGAUUCGCCAAAGAGGGUUCGUCCAGAAGUGCAAAGGAGCCGGCGUCGAGGGGCAAGUGGAGGAGGGCGCGCUUACCGCGAGCGCACCGGCAAAGAAAAUCCUGAGAAAACCCACCACGACGACGACGACGACGACGACGACGACAUCUGCGACCACUACUCGGCCGCCGACGACCUCGACCGCCGCGACAACCGCCGGACGAAGCGCCGCCGCCCCGACGCCGACCGAAGCCCGCGCCCGGGCCGUGCCGCUCCCCGCCCCCGGAUCCACAGCGGAGCCGUAUUACUACGACCAAAGGGAGAGGGAGCGGGACUCGGCAAAAACCACGCCGUCCGGACACGAGCGCGCCGACGACGACCGCCGCGGCGGGCGCGUCCGCGAGCUGGCGCCCGCCACGCGGAAACCGCCCAAGAUCAGGCCCGCCGGGAAAAAGAACGGAGCGGAGAAGAUGCCGACAAACGAGUACGAGGAUAAGUACGAGACGGGCGAGCCCGCGGUCGCCGAUCCCGAGGAGGCCGACGGCUUCGCCCGCGUCGGUCCCACCGGGAAGGCGAAGGCCAAGCACGACAAGAAGAAGAAGAAGAAGAAGAACGAAAAGGCGGCCAAGAAGGCGGAGAGGAGGGGCGGAAAGGCCGGCAGAGAGGGCAAGAGCGGCGGCAAGAAGAACGCAAAGAAGCCGCCCGAGUUCCCGGAGAAGGACGACUACUUCCCCGAGCCCGGCGAGAAGCCCAGGGGGUCGCUCUCCUCCUUCUUGGACUACUUUGAGAACCGCAGGCGACUGCUGCUGGUGACAUCACCCAGCGAGGAGAACAAGAUGUACGCCCAGCAGAGGGACGAGUACUUGGAGUCGGUGUGCGAGAUGGCCAUCCGGAAAGUCUCCAUCAUCUCCAUCUUCGGCUCGCUCGUCAACUCCACCGUGAAAAUCGAUCACUACCAGUUGGAGAACGACAAACCCAUGAAGGGACUCCGUCAGGAGGACCUGGUGAACCAGGACCUGAUCACCGAGCUGAGGAAGGAGUUCAGCAUGAUCCACGAAGACUUCCACAUGGUCCUCACCGACACGGACAUGAGAGUCAAGCAAUCCUACGAGGUUCCCAUUGCCAUGAAGGCCGUGUUCGACUACAUCGACACCUUCUCGUCGCGCAUCCGAGAGAUGGAGCAGCAGAAGCGAGACGGCGUCGUCUGCAAGAAAGAGGACAAGCCCAGAUCCUUGGAGAACUUUCUCUCAAGGUUCCGCUGGAGGCGACGUCUCUUCAUCAUCUCCUCCCCCAACGACGAGGAGUGGGCCUAUCAGCAGCAGCUUUAUGGCCUGGGCAGCCAGGCCUGCAACUUGGGUUUGCGGCACAUCUCCAUCCUGAAGCUGGUUGGAACAGAGCUGUCAGACAUGGGCGGCGUCUUGGAACUUUACCCUUUUAAUGGGAGCGCUACGGUGGAACGCGAAGGCCUGUCCGCCACCCUGGUCAAGGACAUGAGGAACUACUUCCAGAUCAGCCCGGAGUACUUCUCCAUGCUGCUGGUGGGCAAGGACGGCAACGUCAAGUCCUGGUACCCCUCGCCCAUGUGGUCCAUGGCCAUCAUCUACGACCUGGUGGACUCCAUGCAGCUGCGCCGGCAGGAAAUGGCCAUCCAGCAGUCGCUGGGAAUGCGCUGCCCCGAGGACGAGUACGGCGGCUACGGCUACCACCAGCACGGCUACCAGGACGGUUACCACCAGGGCUACGGUUACUAGCGCCUUUCUCCUCCAGCGGCUCUCUAAUUUGGCCGACGAGGUCAUCGUGUGCUUUCGCAGCACUGAGCGGAGGCCGCGAAAUGAUAGCGUUGGCCUCGCCGCUUCCUCCAGUAUGGCGCCGCUUUGCAGCGGGUGAAAUCGAAACUCGAAUAAAAAAAGAAAAGGAAAUCGUAGCUGAGCCUGCUGGGACCAAGUAUGUUUUCAAUUCCAAUUGACACAUUUCAUGUUAGCGACUUUCUUUUUUCCACUACUGCUCAAAUACGUCAUACGUGUAUUUAUUGGACUUCUGUUGCAGUUUUCCAGCUGCAUGCAGCAUGAGCGCUUUUUCGGGGUUGCAUUUUAUUAUUUAUACUCAUUUGUGCCUUAUUAUCAAUUCUUUUUUCCUGGAUUGUAAUUGCUUGCUUUCCGCUUGAUACGCAAGUGAAAUAUGACCGUUGACGAUGUUAAAUAUUACAGCAUUGCCUUUUCGGAAUAUUUGUAAUUCCAUAAAGAUUCUAAUAACACCAUGGAUGUGUAUUGCUGCCCUACCAAGGGAAAAAAAAAAAAAAAAAAAAAAAAAAGUUAUAAUGUAGUGAACUUCAAGUUUAAAGGUGACAGGUUUCAUGUUUAAAACGUGACACAUUUGACUUGUAGUUCAGGUCACCGAUAAAGGUUCGGGUGGCAUCUUUUGAAACACUUGAUUAUUUUAUUACAGUAUUAUAAAAGAGCAGCGUCGUUAACGUAGCUACUAACUUUGAUUGAAAACACAAAAAGAAGACCCGCGGACCUUCUGCCGCUGACCUGAACCGGAAGGAAUUGCUUCAUUUUUGGAUUGCCGAAUGAGGAAGUGGAGUGUAUCGCGUUCAAACGUAAUCAAGUUCACUUUUGCAUUCGGCAAAACCAAGACGACAAUUCCUUCCGGUUCAGGUUAUUGGUGGAGCCCGAUGAAGGGAGAGAAAGGUUAUGCGGAGCUUCUUUUUGAGUCGUAUAAAUCCAAUGAACUACGCUGUUCUUCUUCAAAUACUGUUUCGAAUAUAUAUGGCCAAGUGUUUGAAAGAAGACCGCACACCGUUAAGUCAAAUUAAUCAUGUUAAAACGCGAAGCUUAUCAAGUUAAAACAUCAUACUGAACUUCUCUAAUCCAAAUUGUGCUUGUGUGAGACGACGUCAAUAAAUCAGUUGCGAUUUGCAUUUUA